UAUUGAAGAACUAAGAUGGUGCAUCAUCUUCAAAGAAAUCAGCUUCUAUGGAAAAAGGGUCUUGUUCAAAUUAAUGGCCAAGAAUUAGAAGAUGAUCAAAGAUCUUUAAAUUUGUUUAAUGGAAAGAAAACGAGGCCAAUCCUUGUUUAUUUUCUCUUGAUUUCUCUUAUCAUCUCUUGCAGCUUCAUAUUUGGUCCUCAACUCAGUUUCCGUCCCGAUUCAUCAUAUUCAUCUUUUAUUGGUGAUGAUAGUCCUAUUGUUAAUGAAAUCGAUGUUCCUCUCUGCUCUUCUGUCGCUAAUGGAACUAUAUGUUGCGAUAGGAGUAGUAUUCGAUCGGAUAUAUGUAUAAUGAAGGGCGAUGUAAGAACACAUUCGUCGUCAUCUUCUAUUUACGUUUACGACGAAAACGAGCAAAAUAGAGAAGAAUUCGACGGGGAACUUCAACAAGAAGAGAACAUAAGGCCUUAUACACGAAAAUGGGAAUCUCAAACAAUGAGCUCGGUCUCUGAAUUGCAUUUAAUCUCGAAGAGAGUAAAUCCCGAUGUAUAUCGCAACCACACGUGCGAUAUCAUUCAUAAUGUUCCCGCGGUUUUCUUCUCAACCGCGGGAUACACUGGGAAUGUUUAUCACGAAUUCAAUGACGGUAUAUUGCCAUUGUACAUCACUUCUCAACGCUUCAACAAGAAAGUCGUGUUUGUUAUUGAAGAAUAUCAUGAUUGGUGGUACACUAAAUAUGCCGACGUUCUAUCGGAACUUUCUGAUUACGCCCCUAUCGAUUUCCACGGAGAUAAACGAACGCAUUGCUUCCCGGAAGCUAUCGUUGGUCUCAAGAUUCACGACGAAUUGACCGUCGAUCCUUCCUUAAUGGAAGGGAGCGAAACCGUGAAGGACUUUCGACAACUUUUGGACCGGGCCUACUGGCCAAGAAUCAGUGGUUUGAUCAAGGGCGGGACCAUAAGUCCCGCACUCAGUUCGAAACCUAAACUAACUAUCAUUUCUAGACAAGGGUCUAGAGCCAUAUUGAAUGAAAAUUCAUUGGUGAAGAUGGCGGAAGAGAUUGGUUUCGAGGUUGAGAUAUUGAAACCAGCGAAGACAUCAGAGUUGGCGAAGAUUUAUCAAUCGUUAAAUUCGAGUGAUGUGAUGAUUGGAGUACAUGGAGCCGCUAUGACACAUUUUCUAUUCAUGAGGCCGGGGUCAGUUUUUAUUCAAGUAAUACCUCUUGGGACUGAAUGGGCUGCCGAGACUUACUAUGGGGAACCAGCGGUUAGGCUCGGUUGUAAGUAUGUCGGGUAUAAGAUCCUCCCCAAGGAAAGCUCGUUGUACGAUGAGUACGAUAGGAACGAUCCUGUUCUUAACGACCCGGAUAGUAUCGGAAAGAAGGGUUGGGAAUUCACUAAGAAGAUAUAUCUUGAUCGUCAAAACGUGAGAUUGAAUCUUGCGAGAUUUCGAAAGCGAUUGGUUCGAUCCUAUGCAUAUUCUAUGGCUAAGAAGAAUCGUCGCAUUAACCAUCCUUCAAAGUAGUUGAACUCGAAAAACUUUCUUUUUUGUGAAAAAAAUUGAUUUUUUUAUUAUUUUGAGAGGCAAAACUUAAGGGACAUCAUGAGAUGAAAAUGUAAAAAAAGAAAAAAAUAAGUCCCAUUUAUUGUAUACAACUUUACAUGUACAUUCAAGAUAAAGAAAGUAAAGAUACAUUACAUUUCAUAUUUUAUAAUAAAGUCUUGCUUUUAAAUUU